AUGGCUACAGUGUCUUCGCUUUCGAAUAAUGAUGAUGAUGCUUCCAGUUUACAUCAAUUACCUAAACAACGAAUGCCAUCAAUAACACAUAAUACAGCUAAAACACCGGAUAAUUUUGUACUCGGAAAUCGUCAUGGAACAUCGAAUCGAAAUGAUGAUAAUCGAUAUACUACAACAAAUUUUCAACGAGCAAAUGAAAAUGGUUAUGAUAUUGAAUUGCUGAAACAUCUUUCAAAUGAUUUUGCACAAUUACUUAAUCGAACAGAUAUAAGCGAUUGCCUACUCAAUGUUAGAGGUACUUAUAUGGCUGUUCAUCGAUGUGUUCUAGCUGCUCGUUCAAGUACUUUUGCUGCUGUUAUUUCGGAUAAUAUCAAUCGACUUGAUACAACAACAAGAGAUCAACUUAAAACACUUGUUGAAAAAAAUAAAUUAGUCAUUACGAUUGAUAAAACCGAUGCGGAAACUAUGAAACAAGUUGUUGUAUUCCUCUAUACAUCAAAAUGUGAAUUAAAUGAACGCAAUGCAUAUGCUCUUCUUGAUGCUGCUGGUCGAUAUGAUAUUAAAAGUUUAAAAGUACAUACUGGUCGUUAUCUUGCACAUCAUAUUAAUACAAAUAAUAUUUUAAUGUUAAUAAAAGCUGCAUAUAAAUAUGAUAAUGUAUUAGUUAAACAAAAAUGUAUUGAAUAUUUUAUUGAUCAUGCAAAAGAUAUCAUGGAUAUAAAUGAAUUAUGGAAAGUAUUUGCUGAAGAAUAUCCACCGAUUGUUGCUGAACUUUUAUAUUGGAGUGUGAAUAAAGAAGAAUUUCGAAAAACUAUACCUCAAUCAGAUUCAUAUUCACAAUGGUAA